CAUAAUAAUAAUCUAUCAUUUCAGCAAGCAAUUGCCAUAAAUAGUGAACAAUAUGUUUGCAAUUAGACAAACAAGAAUACUUUUUAGAACUGAUCGAUUGCUGAAAUGCAAUGGUAUCGUGCGCAGAGGUAAAGAUGCAAUGUCUACAGCAGCAGCUCAAGAGAUCGAGAAAAUCCUACCACCAUCGCUAGAAGGAAGUAAAGAAUUUCCACCAAAAAUUGUAAAAAUAGUCGAUGACAUCUCAAAUCUUACACUCAUAGAAGUAUCGGAAUUAAACGAACUCUUAAAAAUCAAAUUGAAUAUCAGUGAUAUUCCAAUGAUGGUUGGUGGAGGUAUUGCUCCCGGUGCCAGCGCUGCUCAAGCGGAAGAUGAAGCUCCAGCUUCGAAAGAACAAACUGAGUUCACAGUCAAACUUACUGCUUUCAAACCAGAUUCAAAAGUUAAAUUAAUCAAAGCAAUUAAACUUUUAAUGCCAAACCUCAAUCUUGUAAAAGCGAAAGGAUUUGUGGAAAGUGUACCACAAAUUGUACGACAAGAAAUACCAAAAACAGAAGCUGAGGAAUUAUCAAAAACAUUAACAGAGGCAGGUGGAACUGUUGUUAUUGAAUGAUCUAUUUAUGAUUUUUUUUUUAAAAAACUUUCAAAUCAUAAAAAGUGGUUAUACUUUAGCAAAGGCUUCCAGGAAACUGUUCACAGAAUUACUAUAUUUCAAUUAUUGAUUCAUGUAUUUGACAUCAUUUUAAAGCAGGCAAUUGGUCUUUAUUACCUUUUUUGAUCUUUAUUAGAAACUGAACCAAACGUG